UUUAUGGCCUAAAAGCAGUGCGAAGGUUUUAAGGGGAAAGGGUCUGGGACAAAUAAGCACAAAAAUUCUGGAAGAUACGGACAGAGCCUGUCUCAUCAGAUAGCAAAGGCUCACCAGGCUGUAAAACUCCCACCAUUCCUGGAAGGGCAGCUGCACACCUCAGUCCAUUGAAGAGGUAAGCUGUGUGCGUCACUUCCUGUCUUCUCCAGUGCGUAUCUGUGUGCACAAGGCCUCUUUGCCCUCUACGUAAAACAUUCAAGAUGCUAUUGGUUCCCAUUUUGCAAUUGAUUGAACUGAGAUUUCAUGGAGUUUCUUUAGUCUCUCCGUGGCCAUAAAACUAUUAGAGGGAAGAGCUAGGCUCUAAGGGUGUCUGGUGAGCAGCCCUAGUCCUGCUUUAUGGUGAGACUUUGUGCACAGAGAAAAGUAUAAAGCAAAUGAGGACAUAAAUGUCAGGAAACCAGACAUUUUGAAGUUAUACAGGUAGAAUGUAAUCUGAACAAAGAAAUUCAUAUUUGGUUUGUUUAGUAGUGAUUGGCAGAAAAGUUUCUGAGGCUGGAUUUAUUCUCUCCACACUUCUGGACCAAUGAUGAGGAAGUGGGAAGCGACGCUGAGGCAGAUCGAAGAGCGGGCAUCUCACUAUGAGAGGAAGCCAUUGUCCUCCAGGUAUAGACCAAGACUGUCCAAGCCAGAGGAACCAUCUUCCAUUUGGAAGCUAUUUUAUCGUCAGAAUCAAGCUUUUAAUUUUGUUAAAAGCUGUAAGGAGACUGUUCACGUAUUUGCUUUGGAGUGCAAAGCGGGAAAUGGACGGCGUGUUUACCUUGUAACGUCCUAUGCUCAACUUUGGUUUUACUAUAAGUCCCGAAAAACCCUCUUGCAUUGCUAUGAAGUUAUUCCUGAGAAUGCUGUGUGCAAGCUUUACUUUGAUUUGGAAUUUAACAAACAGGCCAAUCCCGGAGCUGAUGGGAAAAGGAUGGUUGCCUUGCUCAUAGAGCAUGUUUGUAAAGCACUUGAGGAGUUAUACAGUGUUCAUUGCUCAGCUCAAGAGGUUUUCAAUUUGGAUUCUAGCACUGAAGAAAAGUUUAGCCGACACCUAAUAUUUCAGCUCCAGGAUGUGGCAUUUAGAGAUAACAUUCAUGUUGGUAAUUUUGUGAGAAAAAUUUUGCAACCUGCUCUUCACUUACUUGCCAAGGAAGAUGAAAAUAAGAUCCCGGAGGCAAUGAGCCAUGAAGCUUCCUGUUUUAUACCAUUAAAACAACAAGAGAGUUCAGAGGCCCAGAAGAAGCUGGGGUCACCUGAGCAAUGUGGCCCUGAUCUUUCGUUUCUCGUUGUGAGGAAUAGCACAGGAGAAAAGCAUCUUUUUGUGGAUCUAGGAGUAUAUACAAAAAACAGAAACUUUCGAUUAUAUCAAUCAUCAAAAAUAGGAAAGCGUGUGGCUUUGGAGGUUGCUGAAGAUAACAGAUUUAUUCCAAAACAGUCAAAAGAUAUUUCUGAGGAAAACCAGUAUUUCCUGUCUUCGCUGGUGAGCAAUGUCAGAUUCUCAAAUACUUUACGGAUUCUCACAUGUGACACAUCUCAGACUAAAAGAAAGCACGCUGACUAUUUUAACAGUACUGGCACUUCAGUAGAACCCCUUGAAGGUUUCCAGUGCUCACCAUACCCGGAAGUUGACCAAUUUGUUCUCUCCUUGGUGAGCAGACGCGGCAUUAAAGGAGGAAUUCGGCGGUGGAACUACUUUUUUCCAGAAGAAUUACUGGUUUAUGAUAUAUGUAAAUACCGCUGGUGUGAAAACAUUGGAAGAGCCCACAAGAGUAAUAAUAUCAUGAUUCUGGUUGAUCUGAAAAAUGAAGUUUGGUAUCAAAAAUGCCAUGACCCUGUAUGUAAAGCACAAAACUUCAAAUCUAACUGCUUUCCAUUACCCACUGAAGUAAGUCUCCUGUUUCUUCUGAAAGAUGAAGAAGAGUUCACUCCUGGUGAAGCAGAUGAAGCCAGCAACUCACUGACCGAGAUCCCACGGCCCAGUGACCUGUCGGCAGGCGGGUUCCCUGCUGCCGCCUGGGAUGACGAUGACGACGCCUGUUUCGUAGAAGCUACAGAAGAUGCUGAAUUAGCUGAUGCUGCAGACAAGAGUCUUCUUGAGGACAAGAGUUCAGUGGAUGAUAUUCCUGAUGAGCUAAUUAUAGAAGCACUACAGAGUAGCUGACUACAGACAGAACUCAUACAACGAGCUGCUAUUUGCCUGA